CACCCCCCACGUUCUGAAAACAAAAUCCUUCACUUCAAAAUUUCACUUUCCCUCACUUCAAAUGCCGCCGGCGAUGCCUCCCCUCAAGCUCCCUUGCCUAUGCUCAAGUUCACCAUCACUGGCGCCGCUUCUACCUCUCUUUCUGCUCAUAAGAAGACCAAGGGUCGUGGCUUCCGUGAGGGCGAUGCUAACCGCCACUCCCGUCUUGCCUCCCGCGACUUCGAGUCCCUUGGCACUGACGGCGGCCCCGGUCCCUAUAGAUGUUCAAGUGGAUUUUGAUGAUAAAACUAGCUGGGAGUAUCUGUUUAAGGUGUACUGGGUUCUUUUAAAAGAGAAGCUAGCUUUAAGUUUACAUGAGCUUACUAACGCUACAAAUCCAUGGAAGGAACUUAGAGAAGCUUCAGCUAAUAUUGAACCAAAGCAUCAAAACGACGUUGCAGAUUUAAUAAAUAGUUACAAAAGUUUAUACCCAAAAUGGGGUUUUGAUCUCAGAGGUUCGGUGUCAAGCAAAAGGAGAAGAUUGCAUCUUUUAAGACUUCAGUUGAUGUUCUUACUCUCUCUGCAACACCUACACCCAGAACGCUUUCUUUAGCUUUGACUGGUUUCCGUGAUGCCAAGUAAUAUUUGUCAAAAAAUCUAAAUUGAAGCUUCUUUGGUGCUGGACUGAAUCCUAGAUUCAGAUAUCCUAUUAAGUUUUGUUAUUGUGAUGCUAUGGUGGAAAAGGGGUUUGAAUAUCAACCAUGUCAUUAACGUUUGUAAGCUCAGACAACAGGUUUUAUCUGAAAAUUUGUAAUACCUUUUACAUGCAUUGUAGAUGCUAUAAGUGCCAAGACUCACCUUGCACAUUUUUUGUAUAAACAUGAAUCAAGGUAUCUGGAGGAAUGCAGUAGGAAAUGGGAACUUUGUCAUUACUGUAGAACAAUAUAAGCUGACAUGCAUAUACUAACUCUACUAGUUUGACUAUUUAUCCGUCUAUUUAGUUUCGAACAUUUUUUUCCGGUAAGUUGGUUCUUGCUUUUUCUGUAAAAAUUAAUCUUUGUCCGUUUUCCUUUUACCUUUGUGGAAGCUAAGGGUAGAAUUUUUUUUGGGGGGGGCGAUCUAAAAUCAGUUCUCAUUGCUAUUAUUUUCGAAUAAAUUUUUUUCUAAACAUUUUUAUAUAUUUCCCAUUCUGUGUAUUCUUUAUUUUGCCUAUUUUAGUCGUUUCAUUUAUUUCGAUUGGUCCUUCAGAGUUCUAACUUAGACAGUUCUGUUUCUUGCUUUGUUUGUUUGAACUUUUAUUUAUUUUCUAUGCCUUUAUGUUGUUAUUUUUGUCUUUAGUAACAUAUUUGUGCCUACCUCAAGGUUAGCUGACACUUAAAUUAUAAUUUUUCUUAGGCUUAUGUUGUAAUGUUGUUGAAGUUCUCGCUCAACAGGAGCAGGCAUAGAUCUCGCUCACCUGCUUCAAAUUCAAGAUCUCGGGAUGAGGUGUCCAUUGAUAUCCGUUUUAUUUCUUGCCUGUUUAGUUUUAUUCUGUUCUAAUUUCCAUUGUCCCUUCAAGUAUAAAGAGCUUCUUUUUUUUUUUUUUAAAUUCUCAUGCUAACAAGCACAUUAAGCUGUACAAGGAUAUGCAAUUUUCAGUUAUAACAUUGGACUAAUAUUUUCUAUU